AUGAAUGCUCGCACAUCUAGUAAACGCAGCGCGGAGCCUAAUCCCGAGCUUCUGGAAACAAACUGUGACCUCUUCGGCGAGGGACCGGAUAAACAGAGUCGAAGACAUAAGAGGUAUCGAAGAACUGAUCCUCACAGUGGGAGACAAGAGCCAAACAUACCAAGAAAAAUGGUUGCACUGGCUCCAAUGGCUCUCAUCGAGAUUGUAAAUACACCCUAG